GGCGCAGGCUAGAUAGAGGGGUGGGGAAGCAGUAAAAGAGCAGCUUCCUUUUACAGGCAACAGUUUUGUUGUUGUUGUUCCUCUUUGGACUGCUGAGGCAUAAAAUGUCAAGCUCCGUCUGUUUCUCUCUGACACACAUGGGUCAGGUCAUCCCACUGAGUUGGACGAUUGUAACUAACCGACGUGAAACACAGUGUUCUUCAGACAUAGAUGUCUCACCCUGAAAGAGCCUCCCCUGCCUGAGAAGGAGACACGCAUGAAAUGUUAACGUGAAGUUCAGCAAAGGAGCUUUAUUUUCCUCAGAGUAUUUGGAGAAUCACCAGAGGCAAUCUCUGGGCUUUGCUACUGCAGAAGGCGCUCAAAAUUCCAGCUGCACUGACAACCCGCUACAACCCCAAAACCACAGUUUACUACCAUGAUCGGAACCGACCACUCCUCUUGGAACGUAAGACGGGCAGCCUGCGGAGACCACAGAUCCUUCUUUGCUGAAGUUCGGGCAGAGAUGAGUGUGAGGGUCUAAUCGCAGCAAAUCAGAAUGAAUAACCAUCCAAAAAUAAACACAGCAGGAAUCAUAGAAAUGCAGGGCCGGAUGGGACCUCGAGAAGUCAGCAAGCCCGGCCCCCUGCGCUGAACGAUUCAUCCUUUGUAACGGGCUAGCCGCAAAAACUCCAUUAACAGGGCUGCCUGGUUCCUUUUCCCUCUUCUCGUACAGCCCAGUGGCCGCUGAGUCCAUUCCACACUGCUACGGCGAUCUUGUAUCCGGGUUUUCGCAACCACUCUAUCGAAGACGGACAGCAGCGUCGCUCAAUAAGAGGCCGCAAAGCGUCAACACAGCGUUCGCUCGGGGCUGCUAGCCAAUCCGCGUCGCCUGGGUCCUAUAUCCCGCCUUCCGAGGACAGACACUGCCCCGGCCCAACGGCCAUGUUGAGUGUGGCAGAAGCGCUGCUCCGCCCGGGGCUGCUCCUCCGCCUGCUCCCAUCGCCCCAUUCCUGCGACGGGCACCGGGAAUUGCUUUAUGAAGGUGCUGCGGUGGCGGCUCGGCCAGAUCCGGCCUUCUAGAGCCCCUGGCUGGGAGGCAAAGCCGAAUGGUUGCCCCAUGAAGGGCUCCGGGCGCCAUCUUGAGUGUGGCACGUUCCUCUCUCCCCCCCCCAUUUCCCUGCCCAGCUGCCUCCAUUGAGCUCAAUUGCAGCUUGAAACUGGACUUUCUGCCGGUCCGACUGCACCCGGCCCAGUUGGGAUGGGGCCGGGGCCGGUGACACAGUCGCAGCUUCGUGCAAAACGUGGGGAAUUGCGCAAAAAAAAGAAAAAAAAAAAAGGGGGGAGGGAUUUUCAAACAAAAAUUGCAAUGUGGCUUUAAAAAAAAUGCAAAAAAAAAUCUAUUUCCCCUAUUUUGAUUUAUUCCAUUGUAUGAUAUUAAGGCGGGGGGGGGGGUCUGUCCCUCUCUCUCCACCCCAUUUGCAAAGUUAUGGGGGGGGAGUGGUAGGGCUCUAGCAAAAGUGGGAAAAAUCCUCGAUGCAGGUGGGUUUAUUUGUUAUUCUUCACCGAUUAAUUUGUGUAAAUUUCUUGCUUUCGGGGAAAAUGAGUUUUGGGUUUAAAAUGAGAUUUAAAAGGAUAAUGCGGGAUGAGAGCGUUGAUACCCAGGUAGGAAAGAUGCUGGAUCCUCCCCUCCCCACGAAGUGUGAAAUUGGGGGGAAAUCGGAUCUGCUUUUUUAAACUGUAAUUUCCUAGGGUUUUUUUAGGAAGGGGGGAGCUUUUGUGAAUGGUAUGGCUGGAUCGUAAAAGGUUCAAUCACCACUAAGAUAAAGGGAGUGUGUGGAGUGGGGAGGGAUCGCUUAUUCGAUCGUGGAUUGAAACCCCGACCUCCUCUCCCGUGAGUUGGAAAGUCCCAGCCCCGUGUGAGGUUUUUCAUAGGGACUAACGCUGCUCUUGGGUUUUAAUCAGCGAAAGGCGGAAUACCUCCCCCCCCCGCUGCUUGCACGGGUGUAAAACGCGCAGCUGCUCUUUGCAAAGGGGGGGGGGCGCUUAAUGUAGAAGCGGAUUUCUUUUGCAUCAACUUUUUAAAUCCCCCCUCCCCUUACAGAGUGUGGGUUGCUGCUCUAAUGGCAGCGGAGAGUCGGUGAAGUCGGCGGCGGCACCGCGGCUGCAGGAGAGAGACGCAGGCAGGGAGGGGGGGGGGGCGUCGGUUUCUCCUCCUGCUUAGUUCCUCUGUUCCCUUCCAGCCUCUGGGCUCAGCGCUAACAAUGCAACCCAGGGCUCUGCGUUUUGCACGCGGCAUGCGGAGCGACUUCCCUGCGGAGGGAGGGAGGGAAAGGAGCAGCCAUGCCGUUGCCGCGCUUUGCAGCCUCUCGCGGCACUCCGCAUGCUGAGGCCUGGCGCAAACUCAUUGCAUCCAUGGGGGGGCUCUGCCGCUUUAAGCAGCCUUGCCCAUUGUUUGCCCCCCGACCAAUGACCGGGCCCAUCUCCCCUCCGCCGGGCCAAUGGGGAUUGCGCAGGGGAGUGAGCGCGCCGCCCACUAAUCUAUAUUAAAGCUAGUGGCGCCGCGUGAGUUCUCCACUGGCUCUGUCCAAAGCCAUCUUUGCAUUGUUCCUGCCCCGCUCCGCUCCUCCGGCAGCCGGACCUGCACUUUGCUUAUUUUUAUAGCAGAUCUAUUUUCUAUACCCCGCUCCCCACGCACCAUGUCAGACACAGCCGUGGACACCAGUUCUGAGAUCUCCACCAAGGAUCUAAAAGAGAAGAAGGAAGUUGUGGAAGAGACAGAAAAUGGCAGAGAUGCACCAGCCAAUGGCAAUGCUGAGAACGAGGAAAACGGAGAGCAGGAGGCUGACAACGAAGUAGACGAAGAGGAAGAAGAAGGUGGCGAAGAAGAGGACGAGGAGGAAGAGGGUGAUGGUGAGGAAGAGGACGGCGAUGAAGAUGAGGAAGGCGACGCACCCACAGGCAAACGGGCAGCUGAGGAUGACGAGGACGAGGACGUCGAUCCCAAGAAGCAGAAAACCGACGAAGAUGACUAGGCAGCACAUAUAUAUAUAUUUUUUUUUUAAAUAAGGAGAAAAACAAAACAAACAAAAGGCCAGCGCGACCUGUUCACUUUCAACUUCCAGUCGCAACACCCCCCCCCCCCCCCCCCCGCCAUGGUCACCCUCCCCAAGUAGAGCGAACCUGCCUGCGAUGCCGACGCCACUCGGAACGAAUGCCCGAAAAGAUUCCCCCCCACCUCCCAUCAGUGGGGCGAGAACCCCUCUUUCCCCAGCACCGAAACUUUGAGGCCCUGCUUUCUUUCUUAAAAAUACUUUAAAGGAGAAUUUGUUUGUAUUUUUUAUUUACAUUUUAUAUUUUUGUACAUAUUGUUAGGAGGUCAGCCAUUUUUAAGUGAUCUCGGAUUGACCAAAUGGGGGGCUUUGAAGUGUGUCUCUCUCUCUCUCGUUACCCAUCUCUGACUUUACUUGUGGUGUGACCGCGUCCCAACAAACCAUUCUCCUGAAGGAGAAAAAACGACCUUGUAAAAAAACAAAAAUGCAAAAAAAAAAAAAAAAUUUACAAUCUUAUUCUGAGCAUUCCAGUAACUUUUUUUGUGUAUGUCCUUUAGCUGUACUAUAAGUCGUGGGUUUGUAUGAGAUGGCAAGGCCAAAGAUAAAAGGGUUUUUUUUUCUGUCUAUGAAGUUGCUGUUUGUUUUUUAUUUUAUUUUAUUUUAUUUUUUUUUUUGGCCUGUUUGAUGUAUGUGUGAAACAAUGUUGUCCAACAAUAAACAGGAAUUUUAUUUUGCUGAGUUGUUCUAACGAA